CCCGCCCCCUCCUCCAGCCGCACCCCCCCACUCUUCUCCACUCUUGCCCCUUGCCGCCGCCGUUGCCCCAUUGCAGCUGUGCCACUUGGACGCGCGCUCGCCCAGCCCCCUUCCCCUCGACGCCCCCGAGCUACCCAACCACGGCCACCUGAUUUGCGCUCCCCGCGGUCGGAUUAGGAGCGAAUCUGGUCUGUCUUGAGCUCGCCCGGCUGUGGGAGGCCGCGCCGCGCCAUGGACUGGCCGGGCACCGGGCCGGAAGGCCCCGACAAGGCCGCAAGGACGCAUGCAGGUAGUGGCUCCUCCUCUAGCCGCUCGGAUCUACACCGUCGGUGGUCCGUCGGCAGAUACAAGAAUGGUGGUCGGCCGGGCUCGGUGCUAGCCCAAAAGCUCGUCGGCGCACCGUUGCCACUCAUUAAGUGCGACGACUGCCCAAAGAAGGUCAUGCGCCACGUGUCUACAACGCCGGAACAUCCCGGAUGGGUGUUUAUCAAGUGCUUAAACGAUGGGAAUGGAUGCAAGUUUUGGUAUUGGGAAGAAGAGUAUAUCGAUAUAUUGAUAGAGCGCAAUUUAGUAGAUGUUCGUGCACUUUUAGCUAGCAUAGAGGCUAGAGAUGAGACUACUGCACUUGUUGCUAGAAUAGAGGCUAAACAUGAGACUAAAUGUGAGGAAGCAACGUCUGCUUCUUUACACUCGAAAAAGAAAAAAGCACGCAUUAUCGAGCCUCCACAGAUCAACAAUGAAUGCAUCGAGAAGGCACUAAUCCAACUUACAGGAGCAGUUAUGAAAGUUGGAUAUCUUCUAAAAUGUAUUCUUGUGGUUCUUGUUUUCUUUGGUCUUACUUUUCUAGUCAAAAUUUGGUGACGUAUUCUCAUGUAUCAAAAAUCAAUUAUGGAAAAAAGUUAUGGGCGUGCAAAGAAAAAUGUACGCGGACAGGAUGCGGCCGGGAUGCGUCCGCCCGUUGAGCGCACAACCACCGCAUCCCAAAAACUUCCCGGACACGACCCCAUUGCCCUACCAAACAGACAGAAUCCGGGCAAAACGGACGUCCGUUUAGGGUCGUGCACUAAAGUUGGCCUUAGAUGUGCAAUAACUAGAGCACAUCUAGAUGUGCCAUAGACACACCUAUGAAUCCAGGUUUGUGGCCA